AUGUCAGACAUAGAAGACUUCAGCUCUCAAAUUGAUAACCUAGAAGAGGAUGAUCUUGUGUAUUUAGACUGCUAUCUAGAUACUGUCUACAAUGUUAGCCCUGAUUUAACAAGUAUUUGGUCGCCAUUGUCACAAGAAUCGAAUGAAUGUUCCUCUGAAACUUGCUCCUUGCAGCCUACACAGAGUUAUAUUUCAGUGAAACAGUACCCUUGUAAAUUCUGUGGCCUCAACUUGAGUACAAAGGAAAGUAGUAAACGGCACAUACUCUCAAAACAUGUAAAAGAACGACGUCAUUUGUGCAAUGUUUGUGGCAAGACUUUUGUAUUCAAGUUUUCACUAAAUGCUCAUAGUGCAAUUCAUGAGGACACGCCAAGGCAUGUCUGUAUUUGUGGUGUCAGUUUCAAGUUGAGAACAUCAUACAUGAGUCAUGUUAGAAGAAUUCACCAAGCUGCUUCUGAGAUAAAGUUUAGCUGUGAACUUUGUUUCAAGUCAUUCAGAGAUCGACAUACACUUCGUCUGCACAUGACGUCCGUACAUAAACCCAAGACCAUUCCCUGCAAAGCAAAGGGGUGCAAAAAAGUUUUUUCAUCAGUUAGUCUCAUGAGAUGUCAUUAUAGGUAUCAUCUGAACCAAAAAUUUACCUGUGAUAAGUGUGGACAGAGUUUCUCAACAGAGUCCUACAUGCAAAAACACAUCCUUUCCCACUCAGGUAUUCGUCCAUAUACAUGUGUAGAUUGUGGAAAAACUUUCUUGAGUGCCUCUCAUAGAAAUCAACAUCGUCGCAUAUGUCACUCCCCAGUUAAGAUGUACCAGUGCUCUUUUUGUGGAAAACGCUUCAAGACAAAAGAUUUGAUGAACUAUCACGAAAGUAAUCAUAGAGGAGAGAAGCCAUUCAAAUGUGAAGUUUGCGGCUAUGCAACAGCUUACAGGAACACCUACUAUGCUCAUAGAAAAAAGCAUCUCAUUGCUCAAAGGUCAUCAGAUACCCCGGACAGUGAUUCUGUAACUGCAUUUGGAAACCAUACCAGAGGACUGAAAAGGAGUGACACUUCAGAAACCAAGGACAAAAGCAAGAAAAAUAUCUUUAUAAAACCCAGAUUACCAAGUAUAAAAAAUAAUCAAAUAUCUCCAAGUUCCUCAAAGCAUGAGCAUUUACCAAAUGUUCAUGGCAGCAAGGUGCAUGUCAUUUCACCUCAGUCAUCAUCACCAUCCUAUUCUUCACGUACCAUGUAUGUUACAAAACAAGUUAACAUGAAUUUUAAUAUUUUUCCACACAAUGUUAUAAAUGAUUCAGGCAAAAGAGCAAAUGGUCAUGAUCUUUGUGACACAACACAAUUUGCCAUGAAAUGUACAGAUUCUGAUGCCAAAUUUAUUGUGGUCAAAGAUAGUGUAGGAUUUGAUGGGCAGAAUGUGAAAGGCUCUAAUAAUUUAUAUCUUAAAGAAUGUACAAAUAAAAUUUUUUCAACCACAGAGAAAAAUGAUUGUUCGAUUAUUGUGUCUAAUAAUGGUAGGUGCUCUGUUUCUGAGUGCAAGAGUAUAGAUGAUUCCUUAUUUCUCAUCAAGAUAGGAGACAGCUCAUUUGCUGGAGUUUGUUCUGAUCAUUCUGUGUCAUCUGCUGGAGAAAUACCAGAGCUCAAUUUGAACUUUGUUGAAGAUUUGACAUUAACAGCAGUUGACUCCAAAUGCCUAGGUAGUGAUUUAACAGCAGAAAAUGUUCUUAGUGUAUGUUCACCUACUGCUAGUAUCACUCCUGUACAAAAUUUCAUUGCUUCAUUUAAUGAACAAAAAUUAUUCAUGGUGUCACCAAGCAAAAAUGAUGUAAACAUGUUAGAUAUGAACAAGAUAGAUCAGCCUAGAACAUUAAUGACUGAAUGUGACCAGACAGAUAUGACAGGUGAUAUAUUGUUACCAUUGGGUCAGCUAGAAAAUAUAAAGUCUUCUAGUGAAGUUAACUGCAGUGUAAAUGUAGAAUCCUCGGCUGAAAUUGACGUUGGGAUGCCAAGUUUAUCCAGCCAAAUUGAUGAUUCAUUUCACUUAGCCCAUAUGGAAGUUGUUUGUAGAUUAUGUGAUGAACAAUUUUUUUGUAUGGAUACUUAUAUUACUCAUUUGGAAUCCAUUCACAAAUAAAAUACUAUUAAAAACUUU